CUGCAGGGCAGGUGGACAUCUGGCCGCUUGUGACGAGCCCACCAGCGACAUCGAGAGCUCCGGGACAGUACACCUUGCAGUCCAGCGGUAUUGUUGCAGCCUGUUUCUGCUGCGGCCACGCUGUUAAUUGCUCGACUGCCAUUAAGCCGCCUCAUCGCCUUCCCGCGCACCGCCAGCCACUCGAUAUCGAAUUGUGGGCGCCCUCGUUCCCCUCCACGAGACAUUCCCCAAACACCGCCGCCGCCGCCGCAUAAACUCCACCCAACAUGGCAGACUUUGAGGCGCUCAAGGACCAAUGGAGUCAGAUUGAGGACACAGAUGGCGUUCGCCUCAGUUGGAACACGCUGCCCAGCUCGCGCAUGGAAGCUUCGCGGCUAGUAGUACCCAUUGGAGCCCUAUACACCCCCUUGAAGGAGAAGACCGACACUCCGCUCCUUCAAUAUGACCCCGUCGCCUGCAAGGCGCCUUGCAAGGCUAUCCUCAACCCCUUCUGCCAGGUCGAUAUGCGCGCAAGGAUGUGGAUAUGUCCCUUUUGUCUGCAGCGAAACGCCCUACCGCCGCACUACAAGGACAUUUCCGCUGAACAAAUCCCCCCCGAGCUCCACCCCGGUAGCACAACGAUCGAGUACCGUCUCCCUCGCCCUGCCCCAGCGCCUCCGAUCUUCUUGUUCGUUGUCGAUACCUGCCAGGAGGAGGAUAGUCUGAAGGCGCUCAAGGACUCGAUCAUCAUGAGCUUGAGCCUGUUACCACAGUACGCCCUGGUCGGUCUGGUCACAUAUGGCACAAUGGCCCAAGUGCACGAACUUGGCUACACCGAGUGCGCCAAGUCGUACGUCUUCCGCGGUAGCAAGGACUACUCCACGAAGCAGGUUCACGAGAUGCUGGGCCUCGGCCAGGCUGCCGCCCGACCAAAUAUGCCUCAACAGCCCGGCCGACCGCAGAUGCCCAUGGGCAAUGUCGACAGCCGUUUCCUCUUGCCUGUGUCGCAGUGCGAGUUCCAGCUGACCAAUGCUCUCGAGCAGCUCCAGCGGGAUCCUUGGCCAGUUGCCAACGACAAGCGACCACUGAGGUGUACCGGUGUUGCGCUUAGCAUCGCUGCUGGUCUGCUCGAGUUCCGUCAUCGUGAAGCUGGUGCGCGCAUAAUGCUAUUCUCCGGUGGCCCGGCUACUGAGGGACCUGGUAUGGUCGUUGGCCCUGAGCUGAAGGAGGCGAUUCGAUCGCAUCACGACAUCGACCGAGACAACAUCAAGUACUACAAGAAGGCGUUGAAGUUCUACGAAACCCUCGCAAAGCGCGUCGCGCAGAACGGUCACAUCGUCGACAUCUUUGCUGGAUGUCUUGACCAGGUUGGCCUACUCGAAAUGCGCGGUCUCUCCAAUACCACCGGUGGACACAUGAUCUUGACGGAUAGCUUCACUUCGUCCAUGUACAAGCAGUCGUUCGUACGCAUCUUCAACAAGGACGACCAAGACAACCUACUCAUGGCCUUCAACGCCAACCUCGAAGUCCUUACUACCAAGGAGCUGAAGGUCACAGGUCUGAUCGGCCACGCCAUCUCGAACAACAAGAAAUCUGUGUCGGUUGGCGAGACAGAAUGCGGUAUUGGAAACACGUGCUCCUGGAAGAUGUGCGGUAUCGAUCCCGAGUCGUCGUAUGGCAUCUACUUCGAGAUUGCUGGACAGGGCGGCCCCAACCAGAUGCAGGCUGGACCUCAAAAGGGAAUGAUGCAAUUCCUAACAUACUACCAGCACUCAUCAGGCCAAUUCCACCUUAGGGUCACAACAGUUGCGCGCAACCUGAGUGGACCUUCUGGCGACCCAGCGAUUGCACAGUCUUUCGACCAAGAGGCAGCAGCGGUUUUGAUGUCAAGGAUAGCGGUGUUCAAGGCCGAGGUGGACGACGGUCCGGAUGUCCUCAGAUGGGUCGAUCGCAUGCUCAUCAGGUUAUGCUCGCGCUUUGCAGAGUAUAGGAAGGACGACCCAUCCUCCUUCAGGCUCGAGAAGAACUUCACAUUAUACCCACAGUUCAUGUUCCACCUUCGUCGUUCGCAAUUCUUGCAGGUCUUCAACAAUUCGCCUGAUGAGACCGCUUUUUACCGCCACAUUCUGAACCACGAGGACGUCAGCAACUCGCUCAUCAUGAUCCAGCCCACACUCGACAGCUAUGGUUUCGAUCAUGAAGGCGGUCAGCCUGUUCUCCUCGACUCUUCGUCCAUUCAGAACGAGACUGUCCUGCUCCUCGACACCUUCUUCCACAUUCUCAUCUUCCACGGCGAGACAAUGGCUGAGUGGCGUAAGGCAGGAUACCAGGACCAGGAAGGCUACGAGAACUUUGCUACCCUGCUCGAGGCGCCGAAGGAAGACGCCAAGGACCUCAUCCAGGACCGCUUCCCGCUGCCCCGUUUCAUUGUGUGCGACGCCGGAGGCUCGCAGGCGCGUUUCUUGCUCAGCAAACUUAAUCCCUCGACAACGCAUACGACACAGAGCUACGGCGGUGUGAGCCAGUCGGCGCAGACCAUCUUCACGGACGACGUCAGUCUGCAGACGUUCAUGGAUCACUUGAUGAAGUUGGCUGUCAGCGGCACUGGUUAGAAGGUGUGCUGCAGAUCUUGUACGGAUAAUCAGUUGGUGCAUGGUUGGACGUUAGAGGAGAAAGCGUAGCGGUGUUAGCUCCAGGAGAAAGCAAUCAAUUACUCACACAUGAACACAUAAGCCUUCCGCUUCGGCGCGUGACUUAUUCUUUUGACAGCAUUUAGUAUUUGGGACAUUGAUUGUUGAA